AUGUUAUAAGAAGCUUAUUUUAUUUGUGUGAGUGCUCAAUGUUAAUAAGACAGAAUUUUAAAUGAUUGGGAAUCAAUUGUAGCUCAUCAAAAUGAAGGUCAUGAAGUAUUAGAAAAAGAAGACCUUAUUAAUACAAUCAAUCUUAAACUAAAUAAAAAGAAAACUACUUUACUUUAAGAUUUAUUAGCUAGAAUUCAUAAAAUUAUGAUUAAUCAUGAAGAUGCUUUAAUUUCAUUAAUUAAUCAAACAUUUUUUGAAACAUAUAAAAAUUGGAAAGAAUAAAUCUAAUCUUAUUAACAAUUCCAAGACUAUUUACUUCCAAAUUAAAUUGAUUUAGAUACUACAGUCUCUAAACUUAUAGAUGUUUAUUAAAAUUUAGAUAAUGAACAAAUUCAUUUUUUUAAAGAUUGUCUUUAUUAAACAGAAAAUUAGUAUAAUGAAUUAUAGAAAUAAAUUAAAAUGCAUUUAAAUAAAACUGAUUAAGAAUUUAAGAUUCUCUAAUAAUCUUUAUUUAAUUAAAUAUAAGAAAACAAAAAAUAAAGAGAAACAAGAUUAUAAUAUCAAUCAAAUGAUAACAAAAGAUAAAUUAUUACAUUACAAAAUACUUAAUAAGAGAUGAUUUAAUAAAAAGAUAAAUCAGUAAUUCAAAAUGGAGAACUUAAAAAUACUCUCAAGGAAAUUUAAUUAAAAACUGAUUUUCAAAUUUCAAAAGAUUCAUUUAAUUUUAUAGAUUCUCAAUAAUAAAGAGAGCAAUCCCAAAAGAAUCGUUUUGAUCUUUAAGAAAAUGGAAAUAGUGUUAUUGUUAAUACAAAUACAAACAAUAAAAUAAAUGAAAAACCCUAAAAAUAUAUUGUUUUAACAAAGUAGAAAGAUUCUCGUAAAAAUUAACAUUUUGAAUAAUAUACUAAUUAAAAAUAGGAUUCUUAAGAACAACAAUUUUAGAAUUAAAAACCAUAACCAGAAAUUAAAUAAAUAUAAUCAUCAGAAAAUAUUAUUAGAGAAAAUUCAACAAAAUAAAUUAUUGAUUCUAUUAAUGAAGUGAAAGUAUUACCACUUAGAGGUUAUAAAGAUCAUUAACAAUAAUAAAAUAGUGUUAUAUUAUAAUCGAAUCAAAAUAUUAAUGGUAAAGCAUAAAAUGAAUAAUCUAUUAAUAAAACUUAAGAAAUCAAUUCUGAAUCUUAUAUGUCACCACCAAAACCUCCUCCAUUAAGAGGUUAUAAAGAUAGAUAAAAUGAAGAAUAAAAAGUAGUAAAAUUGACAAGAUCUAAUGAUAAUAAAAGAAAUUAUUUAGAUACAGAAUAAAUCAAAGAUAUAUAAUUAAUAACUACAAAAAGAUUUGAUAUUGAUAAAUCUGAAAAGCAUAUGAAAUAUUCAAAUAAAUUUAGUACUAUAUUUAGUAUUAAAGAGUGUUUUGCUGUUGUUGAAGGGGUUUUUAAAUUAACAGAAUAGAAUUAAAUUCAUAUAUAUCUUAGAUCUUCUGUUGAAAAUUAUGAAAUUGAAGCAGGAAUAAUUAAUUUAACAUAGAUAAAAUAAAAAUAUGCAUUUCCAAAAGUUUAUGGUUUGAAUGAAAAAGGAGGUAAUUAAUUAAUUAAAUUUUAGAAUGUUUAUCUAGUUAAACUAAGUCAUCGAUUAGAUUGCUUUUAAAUUAAUCAUAUAUAUUUGCAUAUAGAAAAGAGGAAAAAAAUUUAAUUUGUUUAGAUUUAAUGAAAAAUACAUAAUAUGCUAUAUAAUUACCGAAUGAUGAUACAUCAGAUUAUGUAUUUUUUAUCAAAAUGAGUAACUUAGAAGUUUAACUUAUUUGA